GAUCAAAAAGUUGACAACAUCUAAAAUUAACUAAAAAUGCCGUAUUCCUCAAAAAUAGAAACACGAAUCACAGCAACCACAAUUAUAUUUCUCUCUCUCUAUUUGUCUCCCACCUUUUUCGUAGCGUCCCUAAGAAAGAAGCACAAAGAAAAAAAUAGUUCUGUCUUUAAUCCUUCAUAACUUUUUUUUCUAGAGAUAACAUAAACCAUAACAGCAAAUCAUGAUUUAAUAUACCCCAAAUUUCACUGAUCCGGAAAAAAAAACAAAACAUACAUCUGAAAACAAAUUUUUUAAAAAGAUGGCAAUGACAUAAAAAUGGUUAUGCUAUAGGCAGAGGGGGGAAAAGAAGAAAGUAGAAAACACAAAGAGCAUGGGAGAUAGUCGUAGAGGACCAUCCUCAACACCACAAUCACGCAAAAUCAUGGUGAUCGCUGACCCGACCCGUGAAUCUGUAGCUGCUCUUCAAUACGCUCUUUCACACGCCGUGCUCGAGCAAGACGAUCUCAUCCUCGUCCAUGUUGAAAACAAUGGUGGCUCGUGGAAAAACGCAUUUUCAAGUUUCUUGAGAAUACCAAGCUCCUCCUCCUCUAGCACAAGCGGGUCAUCACCGGGUGCUAAUGCCAACGCCAAUAUUGCAAACACCACUUCAUCUUUGGCCUCUGAGAUUGUUCAAGGUGAAGGGAAUUUCCUUGAACAGAUGAAACGUAUAUGUGAAAUUGCUCAGCCGAAGGUGCGUGUGCACACAGAGUGUAUAACCAUGGACGGCAUUAAAGCUGCAGCUAUUCUUCUUCAUGGAGACAAACUUGGGGUUGAAGUUAUCAUCAUUGGCCAACGCAGGACAAUCUCAUCCUCCCUUCUAGGAUCUAGGCGGCCUGGAGGGUCUCUAAUAGGAUCAAAAGGAGUAGAUACAGCGGAAUAUCUAAUCGAGAACAGCAAAUGCACGUGUGUUGGCGUACAAAAGAAAGGUCAAAAUGGAGGCUAUGUUUUAAACACCAAGACCCAUAAGAACUUUUGGCUAUUGGCAUGAUCAUGCAAAUUUUCCUAGACAGUUUUAUUGUUUACAUAUAGCUAAAAAUACCAAAAAAUUGCAAGUUCACCAGCCAUCUUCACUUGUUUAUUCUUUAUCUUUAUAUUUUGGCUAUCUUUUUCAAUCCGCAUAUGUUUAUAAAGGAUGAUGUGGUAGUGGUUGUAAGUAUAUGAGUUUAAUUUGAAUAAAAUAAGAAAAUAGAAAAUAAAUGAAGAAGAGAGAA